UUUAAUCGCAGUUGCAAGCCAUUGCAAUUUGUAAUUUGCAAGAAACAUGCGGACUCAAACCUCCGCCGCCCUCUGUUCUCUCGUCGUCCUUUUGCUCGCCGGCAACGCUCUCGGCACCGGAGAACGCCUAGGCGCCAAGGAAUGCGAGGACUUAGGCUUCACUGGCCUUGCCCUUUGCUCCGAUUGCAACACCCUUGCCGAGUACGUCAAGGACGAAGAAUUGGUGUCUGACUGCCGUAAAUGUUGCUCAGAGGAUUCUGAUGAUUCCAUCAGUAAGGUUACAUUCUCUGGGGCAAUUUUGGAGGUGUGCAUGAGGAAGCUGGUUUUUUAUCCUGAAGUUGUAUCAUUCAUAGAAGAAGAAAAGGAUAAAUUCCCAUAUAUCAAAGUGCAAUAUGCUUAUGCAUCCCCACCAAAACUUAUCAUGCUGGACAGUGAUGGUAAUCACAAGGAAACAAUAAGAAUCGACAAUUGGAAGCGUGAACACAUUCAACAGUUCUUGAGGGAAAAGGUGAAGCCUGGUGGUGCAUCAGCAAUAUGAAAGUUCCAUGUACCAGAUCGUUUUGGCUUCCAUAUGGUAUCGAACCGGAAGUUACAUUUUGCUAGAAAUUAUAGUAAAGUGGAUUUUCUAUUCAUGUUGCAUCAAUCAUAUGAGUUUCAGUGAUUUGUUACUUCUAUUAUCGUGCUCAACUCCACAAUUGCUAUAGUAAGGGUCUUGUGGGUAUGGAAUAUAGUGUUAAACUUUUGAGAUCUUUCUUUAGUUCAGGCUUCAUAAAAUAAGCCCUGGAUCUGGCAAUA